AUGCCUCAAUCAAUGGAAGACAUUUUUGAGAAUGCCUGCCCACAUGUGAGGAAAACCAACCCAGUAUUCUGGCGGAGGUGUCUUAACCAUCGCGCACUUCCUUCCAGCGGUUCGGCCAUCUGGAAUAUGAUGGCCUUGUCGAAUGACCUGCCAUCAGGAAGGAUGGUGUGGAGUUUGUGUGCAUCCGAUUUGCGAUCCUCAUCCCAAGAUGACUCCAUCACAAAUCUUGCUACGAAUAACUGCUACACUAUGAGAAGACAGCAAGGGAACUCAAUCGCAGUCGCCUACUCGAUCAGGAUGGUCCACAUAUUCCAUAUGGUAAAAGGCCCCAAUUUCAUCAUCGGCAAGGGUCUACCAUUGUCGUUGACUGUGGCUGUCGUUGUACGUGCCGAGCGGCAUAUGCCGUACUUAUAUGAUCGUAGACAAGAAGUGGUGGAUAAGGGUUUGUGGGGUAGCAUAGGGUUGAUGAGUGUGCGCGGUGUAGAAGCAGGGGAACUCAUAGGAGGGUGUGGCACCCAUCGUGGUGUAGUGGCUCGAGUUGUGGGAGCGGUGAUGAGGGGAGGUAGGUUAUUAGUUAGGGAGGGAGCUGUACAGUAA